AUGUUUAGUGUAGAAAAUUCACUUAAUAGCGGAACUGGUGGAAGAAGUGGUGGUGACUUGGGCUACAAUGGGUUUCCUGUGUCGUUAAACUAUUUCACUGCAUUACCAGAUCCAACGAUUUUGCAUAAUCCAAAUGUUACGAUUAUAUUCAAAUCUUUGUUGAAGAAAGAUUCAAUCACGAAAGAGAAGUCGCUUAAUGAUUUCAUACAAGUAUUAGAUGAUUAUGAUAAUGAAUCAGUGGUAGUGGAUGACCUAUUGAUAUUAUCAUGGAUACAAUUAUAUGCGAAGUUAGCAAUUGACAACUCAAGAAGUGUAAGGAUUUUAUCGCAUCAAACUCAAUCGAAAUUAUUAGGUAUAGUAGGUGGAAAAGCAUUUAGCAAGUACUUAGUGAGUUCAAUUCCUAUUUGGUUACAGGGACUUUAUGAUAAUGAUAAACUUGUAUCCAGUUCAACAUAUAAGACAUUAUUGCACAGCUUUCAAGAUAACAAAGAGAGAGUGGAUUCCAAAAUUUGGGUUACAUUUUAUGAACCGAUAAUCAACUAUAUUGUAACUGUUGUUAAUUUAGAGAAUCAUAAAAGCUUGUCUGAUCAAAGAUAUACUAAAGAAACGGAUUCGUUUGCUAAAUAUGAACGAGUUCUUAAUGGGAGUGUAAUGAUGUUGAACAAAGUUAUAAAUUUAAUAAAUGAUGGAGAAAUAAAAGUGAAUAAAGGAGAUAAAGAAUUGGAACAAAUUGAAGAAUUACUUAAUCUGGAUAUCUUGUGGGAUUAUUUAGGGACAUCUAUAUCUGCGGAUACUUUGAAUUUGCCUUUAUUUAAAUCAUUAUUGAUUCUUAUCCGAUACAUAUUCGGUAAUGUUCCUAAAGACGGAAGUGAUGAGCCAAAUGUCAUUAUAAAAAAUUUAAAUAAUCCAAAGGCUCUCUAUAAAUUGGUUUCUAGAAAAUUUAUUAAACACGUCAAGCUAAAACCUAGUAAAAAAGGGUCGAAUAAUGACAUAAUUUAUUCGAAUAUUAUAUUGCAAUUUUGGGAUUCCAUGAUAUCUCUCACUGGCUUUUCUCUUUUGUCGCCACAACAAAGAAAGGCUUUGAAGAUUAAAAAGAAUUUUUGGGAAUUGGGAGGGAAUAAGAGUCGUUCUAGAUUACUUGACUAUCUUAAAUUAGGUAGCUGUCUGCUGAAUCCCAUAUACUAUGUAGUGAUAGGACAAUUUUUCCAAACUUUGUCUAAGGUAAGCGAUAUUGAUAAUAGUGUGGAAUUCAUUCAUCUUAACAGUCUUGAUGAUGCUAAAUUGAUUAUAAACGACAUACUUUGCUCGCAGUUGAAAACCCUAACGAGUUUUGAAUAUAAAGAAAGAUGUUUUAGUUGUAUUUUGAGAGUAUAUGAAAUUUUCAAACAAAAUGUAUCUGAAACAGAUUCAAACCAAGUUCUAGGUAUCUUGCGCUUAGUGCUAUAUCAAGUUUUGGACAUUGGUGGCCACAGGGCAGCUCGGAAUGAAACGGUGAAUAAGCUUCAAGGUCUUUUCACCUUUUUUGGAGAUUUCUUGAAUAAGAACUUUUCAGUCGAUUCAAUUGAUUUAUUGUUACGUGGUAUUAAUUCGGAAGUUCUGGUUUUAGUAACUUCUGAAGACCAUCAAGAAUUAUUAUUAGAUAAUUUUGAAUUUAAAUCUCCUACCGUGGAUGUAAUAACUAACUAUUUUAAUCUUCUUAUCUAUUUGGCCAAAUUUAACGACUCCGCAAAUAAUUUGAUAGAUGUGUUAAUUGAGGAUAUAUGUAAAAGUGUCGAAGAGGAAACAAUAAUGUCUGAACCAAAUAUUGCUUUUCAUAUCAUUGUGUUGUUUAUCAAAAGCUACCGUGAUAAACCUGACAGGAUUGGUUCGAAUGUAAAAGGCUUGAUUACAAGUAUUCCCUCCUUCAUAGAACCACAGUUUGUCGAAACUCCAAUUAAAAUGUUGUCAGCAUUCCUUAAUUCUGGCUGUAAUACCAAAGAUGGAAUUGAUUUAAAAGAACUUAUAAGUGAUUACUUUAUUAAAACAUCUGCAACAGAUGAAUCUAAAAUCCCACUAUUAUUGUCAGCUGUCAGUCAACCCAAAGACUUUGAUCAAUUUAACGUAAAAGCAGACUUUCCUGAUAUUUAUCAGUAUUUGCUUGAAUUAUCGAGAAAAGAUAAUCUUUCAGAAAAGGAGGCUGCAAUUGUAUUUGGUUAUACUAACGAUCAAGUAAUCUUCAAAAACUUGAUAAAUGCAUCCAACACUAAUGACGAGCAAGGACUAAAAUUCAUCGAUUACUUCUUAAAGUAUUCUGCGACUGACAAUUUGAAUCAAGAAAAUGAAAAACUUGAUUUCUAUGGUAAUCUUUUUCUUAUUUGCUGGAAGAAUAUUGAUAAGCCCAUCCAUCAGGACUUCCUUACGGCUUUUGCAAAGAAAAUUUCCCCAACGCUAUUCAUUGAAACAGUUUAUCAGUUUACAUCACAAUCGUCGGUUGAAACUGAUUUUUCUUCAGCUGCAAAAUACUUGUUGAAUCUUUCUGAGUCUCCUAAGAAUGUAUUCGAAUUAUUGCCGCUUGAAAAAUACUUCAAAGUAGUUGCAGAUGCUGUCGAAUAUAUAAACAUUGAUUUGUUGGCAAUUGCAAACCCAUUGGAACAAAAUAUAUUCUUAGGCAAGGGAAAUUCAAAGGAUGAUUUUCAUCUCGAUCUGUCUUUGAUUACGAUAGGUAAGUUUUUGGUAGAGUUUUCGAAUUAUUUAGAUUCUACUGAAUCUAAUGAAAUGGCUAUUGAUAUAUUAGUUACAUCUGGAAUAAUUGCGGAAUAUAUUCAUGAUUAUUUCUUUUUGCAAAACGAUGAUAAUCGUCUUAUUGUUUUAGAUGACCAAAUACUGUCGAUUAGAGCUGAUUUGCUCAAAACUUUCAAAAAUAAUAUUAAAAGUAUCAGCUUGUCUAGUUUAGUUCCUAUUAUUAACGACGAUCAAUCUAAAAAUAAUGAUGAUGAUUCAUGUCUUGCUACUUUCAAUCGUUUGAAUAAGGAAAUAAGUAAAGGAAGCGGACUCACUAACUUUCUGAUUUAUUCUGCUAGGUUGAUGAAAAUUUAUUUAGAUAAACUUGUCGAAUUGGAAACCUCUCAAUCUUUUGAAGCGGACAUUGUCAUUAACUUUAAUCGAUUAUUGUCGUCUCCGUUGAAGUUAUCGGUUGUUCUUUUAAGCUUUUCAAAGUUCUUUUUCAAGUCAAAUAAGUUUGACAGGAUCAGAAACUAUCUUGCUGCUGAAAUUUUAGGAGUAAAAUCAGAUACUCAAAUUUUAGAUGACGGAUUAAAAUGGUUGACCUUGGUUAUCAACUUUUUCAAUGCUGACCUUAAUGAGCUAAAAAGAUACGAAGUUAUUCCUUCCCAUAGAUUAGCAUUAAUACUUAAUCAACUUUCAAAAUGGUUGGAAUCAGAUAUUUCUUAUAAUGAGUCGUUUAUAACUGUUAGAUGUCAGAUAACUCGGUUUUUGAACGGUUUACUACAUGGCAAUAACGAGAAUUUACCAGAUAGAUUUUGGGGUCUAGCAAUCCAUUUGUGUUUGGAUAACCUUGGAAUUGCUCAAACUGAACCAAAGCACUUGGAAUUGCAAUACUUUACAUUGAAGUUAUUUAUUUCCUUGAACAAAGUUCAGAAAUAUGAUAACGAUAAUUGGUUUGAAAACAAGGACUCAUUGCAUGAAGAGAUAUUAGAUUUGAUAGCAAAUCAUAGCAACCAUUUGCUGGAUUUGAAUUUUAAUAAUCAACCGGUUUAUUUGUGCCAUGAAUUAUUGAAGAGGAUUUGUAAAGAUUAUGAAUUUUCAAGUGGGCUUCUUAAUGAUAAAUUGGCUGACUUGUAUGCUUUACUUUACAAUUCUAGAUUUAUUGGAUUGCAAAGAAUUGGUGCAUCAUUACUACAUGAAGUAAUUUUAACAAACCAACAAGAUUUCGUUGUUGAAUAUCAAUUACAGAAGAGUAAUUUGGGUAGCUCUGAUAACCUUGAAGAUGGAUCUGAUCAAUUCAAAGCUGAAAUUCCUAGGGGAUUAAUAGAGUCAAUUCAACUGAUUGAUGAUGUGUUUUCAGAUUCUAUUGAAUUUGAAACAUCUUAUAAGGUUUCGAGAGCGUUAUGGAGUUGGUAUUUAAUAUUUGAUCAUUUCAAAGAUAUCACAUAUUCAAUUAGGUCUGAAUAUAUCAGUCAGCUUAAGGCCGGUGGAUAUAUCGAUAAACUCUUAAGCUUGAUCUUCGAGCUGGUAGAUGUUGCCAAUACUAAUGGAAUUUUGAAGAAAUUGCAUACAAGUGAAGACACCAACUCUAAAAUCAAACCAAAUGAUAAUUUAGUACAAUCAUAUAACUUAAGUCAGGGAAUAGUUGGCGAAACAUUUAAAUUUGAAAUGAAGUUCUUGCUCUUACAUUUGUAUUAUUUGUCCUUUCAAUAUUUAGGGUCAUAUGUACAAGCAUGGUUUAAUGGUAUUCGUGAUCGUCAAUUAAAACAAAAGAUAGAAAAGUUUUCUAUAAAAUAUGUUUCACCAUUAAUUGUUCAUAAAAUUCUCGAGGAUGUAUCCAAAUCUAAGGAUAAACUAACUAAUAAGGAUGAAAAUAUGUCCAUUAAAGUCAGUACUGCUGCGAAUGAAAUAAAAUCUGUGUAUUUGAUUGACGAACAAACAAUGGAAAUGGUUAUUAAAAUUCCCGACUCCUAUCCAUUAUCCAAUGUCUCAGUUGAAGGACCCUUGCGGAUAGGAGUUAAAGAAAAUCAAUGGAAGGCUUGGUUAUUAGCAUCACAAAGAAUUAUUUCACUUACAAAUGGUUCUAUUAUUGAGUCUAUUGAAUUGUUCAAUAGAAAUGUUAAUCUACAUUUUUCAGGUUUUGAAGAUUGUGCAAUUUGUUAUUCUAUUUUACAUCAGGACCAUUCCUUGCCUUCCAAAACUUGUCCUACAUGUCUGAAUAAAUUUCAUGCCGCGUGCCUUUAUAAGUGGUUCAAGAGCUCGGGAGCCAGUACUUGUCCCUUAUGUCGUUCGGCUUUUAACUUCAGAACGCCAAAAUCUGUUGGUUUAAAUGCAUAA